AUGGACAAAUCCAUCGCCAUCUCGGGUCCUCCUUUCGACCUCAAACUGUCGUAUUGGGAUCGGACUUACCCACCAACACACUCGAAGCGAAUGCUAUGCUUCGCCACGGCAGAAAACGCAAACAGGGAGCAGAUUGUGGAGCAGCUUCACAUUGCGCUGCACCAUACCGUGCAGCGGGUUCCCUUUCUCGCAGGGUCUGUGGUACCCAACUCGGAGGAAGAAGGCGAUCGGCCCUGGCUGCGGAAUAUAUCACCAAAUGGACACGCAUAUCUCGACGUCAAAGACCUUUCUGAUCAAAUCUCGUACGCCGACCUUGCCAAGUCAAACUUUGAUCAGAAGCUUUUCGACGCCGACCAGCUGUGUUCUUUACCACAGGUCAUCUACAUCCAGCAGGAACCCGUCGACGUCUGCCGGUUCCGUGUCAACCUCAUUCAGGGUGGCGUCAUCCUCGUCAUUCAGAUUCUGCACACGGUGAUCGAUGGCAGCGGAGUGACUGAGUGCCUCAAGAUCUUUGCAGAUCACUUUCGCAAAGCCCAGGCAGGCCAACUCGGGCUUCCCUUGGAGACGGCGAAAGAGACUUACGUCUCGGACAGGACCGCUUUGGUCUCGGGCGGGGGCAGAAUUGGAGCCAUAGAGAACCAUCCUGCCUUCACUACGUCUCCAUUUGCCCACGGCAAUAUAAAAGGGGUCGAGCACGCCUGCAGAACAUUUCGCAUCAGUCGCGAGGCGCUGGUGGACCUGAAAAAGGCCGCGUCUCCUGAAUUCCCGCGUCACGGCGACGAUUGGAUCUCGACUGGCGAUGCGCUUGCUGCGCUAAUCUGGCGAAGUAUCUUGGUCGCGAGGCACGGAGCGGGAGCUCUCUCUGCCGACGCUGUCGCCAAGUUUGGUCAGCCGGUCGACUGCCGGAAGCUCCUUGGACUGCCCAAGCCAUACUUUGGAAACGCAUUUUACAUCAUGCGGACCGACAUGCCGUUUGACGCGCUCAGGUCUCCCCAGGCCGGCCUCCGCACUGCUGCAAGCCUUCUACGUGCCGACGUGAAGGCGGUGACGGCCGACCGAAUCCGCGAUCUCGUUGCUCUGAUGGAGAGGAUCCGACUGGAAAGCCACACUCGCCUGAGCUUCCAAGAGGAUCUGGGCUCAUCUGCCAUCGUAUAUACGAGCCACUUCAAGUUCAACAUCUACGACAUGGACUUUGGACCGGCGUUUGGGGAUGGCCGUGUCAAGGCGUUCCGCCACCCGGAACGAGGCACGAUAGUGGGAGCAGUGAUUGUGAUGCCAAAGUGCCCAGACGGCUCUUGCGAAUUCACCAUCACAGAAACAAUCGAGACUCUCAGAUGCCUCGAAACCGACCCCUUGUGGACUCGCUAUAUCGCGCGCCGUGUUCAUUCGGAUGACGAUGACACCACAAACGCACAUGCUCAGCGAAUGCAUGUGCCUAACGUCUCCAGUGACUCCAUUCAUGGCCGCUGUGUCGCUCGGACAAAUGGUCGGACAAAUGGUGUGACAACGGUAGCAACAGAACUGGAAGAAUCCGCUCGGCCUUGUCGCACCAUCCUCUCUCGCAGCGUCGACGCAGCGCAUGUUGGGCAAAUAUCCGUCAUCGAAUUGAACCGUCCAAAGUCGAUGAACGCCAUCUCAAGGCAGCUAUUGCUCGAGUUGGACCAGGAGCUUGACUCGGUCUACGCCAGGGCAAGCCGGAGCGAAGUGAGAGCCGUCAUCAUCGCCAGCACACACGACAAGGUCUUUUGCGCUGGAGCGGACCUCAAAGAGCGGAACAGCAUGACGCACGACGAGACGCGGCACUUCCUGGCGGACCUCCGGCGCGUCUUUUCCAAGCUCGCGGCGCUGCCUGUCCCGUCUAUCGCGUGCGUAUCGGGCCUGGCGCUCGGCGGCGGCUUGGAACUGGCCCUGUGCUGCCAUCUCCGAGUGUUUUCCUCCAACGCCGUCGUCGGCUUGCCCGAGACCAAGCUUGCCAUCAUCCCCGGCGCUGGCGGCACAUACAGGCUUUCCCGGAUUGUCGGCCCGUCGCACGCUCUUGACAUGGUCCUCACCGGUCGUCAGGUGUCGGCUGUGGAAGCAGCGCAAAUGGGCCUGUGCAACCGGCUUGUCUUCUCUGGCAAAUUGGUCCGUCCGGAUCCGGAUCUCUCCGCCGUCAGAAGGCUUACUCUUGCGACUGCCUUGUCGUUGGCCCAUGAUAUCAGCGCCGGAGGUCCUGUCGCCAUCCGCGCUGCCCUGAGCGCUCUCGCCGUGCCCAAUGAAGAAGCCGAAACCGCUGCGUAUGCCUCUCUUUUGGGGACCCGCGACCGCAUCGAGGCCUUGCAUGCAUUCCAAGCCAAGGUUUCCCCACAGUACUUGGGGAUAUAAACUCAGCGUGGUUGACGAGAGGGCCGUGGGUAAGCUAAAGAGAUGGCUUCUGGCUUGGUUGACUUGAUGAAUGUCGAGGCCAUCGCAAUGAUCUCACACAGUGAUUGUUACCUACCUAGAUAGGCAGCGGUGGCAUGGUCAAGGACAGAUUUAGAGUAGGUAGUCAGCAAUGGUCAAGCAUGGUACAUACAUUAUUUCCUCUGUGUUUAGCGAUUGGCAUCCUCUCCCUUGUUGUUACGUUUCAAUACACCACGUCACUUCCAGUUGGCGUCAGAACAGCGACUUGACUGCUUGGUCGAAAUGGAAG